GGCACAGUAAGGCAAUAUCACCCCAAUACACCUGUCGUCAACCCUGGAGGUCAAAAUCACCUUCAAAAAAUGGAUGAUGACAUAUAUGCCAAUAUUCGUAACACCGAAAAUAUCUACUAUCCCUUUGCGUCGAAAUCAAGGUUUGACCUCGCUGGUUGGCUUUCUAGUGGGGCAUUAUCACAAAAAGGAGUUGACUCUUUUCUCCAUCUUGAGCAUACCGAAGUUAAUCCGCCCUCCUUCAACACAUCCAAGGAUUUACGGGCACAAGUUGAAGCACUGCCCAAUGUUCCUCAAUGGUAUCACCAGCAAAUCAAGGUUGGAUCCUACAAGACAAAAUCGCCACUGAUGCUCUACUGGAGGGAUGGUCUCGAAGUUGUCAAGUAUCUUUUCAGCAACCCAGUCUUCGCACCGUGUAUGGACUUCCAAUUGUAUAAGGAAUACAAAGUAAUCAAUGGGCAUAGUCAACAAGUAUAUGGAGAGUUUAUGAGUGCUGACAUCGCAUGGGAAAUACAGGAUGAACUUCCUCCAGGGCACUCAUUUGUUGGUAUCAUUGGUGCUUCGGACAAAACACCUCUGAUGAUCGGCACUGGAAACAAGGAGAGGCAUCCUGUGCUUAUCUCACUCGCCAAUAUCCAUGCAGGUGUC